ACGGAGGGGAAAUUUUAUUUUUAUUUGUAAACAACGCAUUAUUUACCAGUCUGAAUUAUUAUGGAGAUGCAAAAGCCUUUCAAGGAAAGAAGAUCGUUAACCCAGAGGAUCAAAGAUGUUGAAUCAAUUCGCACACAGCAUUCAGACAAAAUCCCGGUAAUAAUAGAACGAUACCAUGGAGAAAAAUAUCUACCAAUGCUAGACAAAACCAAAUUCCUGGUGCCAGAUAAUGUCAAUAUGAGUGAACUCCUCAAAAUUAUCAGGAGGCGACUGCAGUUGCAUCCCUCUCAAGCUUUCUACCUGAUUGUCAACAACCGUAACAUGGUCAGUAACACAACACCAAUCGCAGAAGUGUACGAACAAGAAAAAGAUGAAGAUGGAUUUCUCUACAUUGUGUAUGCAUCUCAGGAGACUUUUGGUUGAGUUCCUUAAAAUGCUUAACAUGUACAUGUACAUGUAUAUGUUUCUUCUGAAAUAAUAAAAAACAACUUGAUCACAGUAAUUAAUACAUACAUGUACCAUAGAUUUUUUUGAACUUUGAAAAAAUUUAUGUGGUCAAGUACGUGAAACUCAGUAUUCAGUAUUUUUGGUUAUUGAUCUAUUAAAGUACAAGUCUUUCAUAUUUAUGUUAUGUUCAUCUACAACCACUGAAAACAUUUUAAUUACACAAGUUGAUUUUGUUUAUAAUAUUGUAUACCUUACAUUCUAAAACAUUGUAAGAAUCGAAUGUAAAUUUGAUUUUUAAAUACAAGUGAAUUCUUAUCUUUGUGUGAUAUACAUGAAAAUAUUUGCAGCUGUAUGUAUACUUGAAAGGUUUUUUUUAACUAUCCAUUCAUUCAUUCUUUCCUUUUUUCUGUGUUUAAUUUAUGAAGGUUUGGAUAAAAGAAAUGAGCUAUUCUGAAUACUUUUAUGUAUAUUGUACUUGUGGUUAAAAAAAAAACUUGUUUGUAAUUAAUCAGCUUUUUGCAAUUUAAUGUAACAAAUUUUCAUUAUCACAAAAAAUAUUUUGAUACAUGUCUAUAAUGUGAUACAGGUUGGGAAAAAGUAUGAUUUUUGUCUCACAAGAUUUUUUUUUAAGGUAUGUACUGGAAAGAACAAAUCACAUGUAUCUUUAGGUACUAUAAUUACCCCCUCCCAAAGUUUGAAAAUUACUACAUUGUAAGUAGAAGGAAAGAGAUGAUAAGAAAUCAACAAAUUUGAUCACAUGUGUGAGUAUGAGGUUUUUAUUUAUGAGUCAUUUUCAUCCAUAUUUUUAAAAUUUGCAUUUUGUAAAACUUGAAUUUUCAGUCAUAGCAAAUUUAAAUUUAAAAUCUUGGUAUACAUGUAUAUUCUUUUGAUUUUUUUGCCCCAUUCCUCCUUUUACAGCUAAAAAAUGAUGCAUUUUUCAGAUUUACUUUUAAGAUGUUGUGGGCUCGUAAAACUUUCCCAUAACAAAUGAAUGGUAAUUAUUUGCAGGAUUAAUAACACUAAUCUGUGUAUCAACUCCAGUUAUAGAAAUGUUAUCAAGAAGAGUUUGAUCUUAGACACCAAUACUGUAAACUCAUGUCUUGUGUUCAGUGUGCUUUGAACCUUUUUUUACAUUUCAUUUGUAUGCAAAUAUACAAUGAACAUGUAAUUGUUACCAGGUUUUUUUGUUAUUUUAGAAUUGUUUUUUGUUAUCAAAGUGAUGUACUAUCACCUUGUUAUUCUAACCGCCAUUUCAUGGAUAUGUUAAAGCUUAAUGUUUGUAAUAUCCAGAUUAAUACAAUAUGUUGGCUUUUUAUACAAUGUAUUUGUAUUUGAUUUAUGUAAUGUGCUUUAAUUUUGAUGAAGAAGAAAGUAAUAAAAUAGCCACAUGAAAUAAGUAAGUUAAAGCUUUGUGAUGGCGAAUUUGUAGUGGAGCAUGGGGAGUGUAUGAAUAUACAAUAUCUUCAUAGAUGUAAAAGAAAUAUUACUCUGUUGUCAAGACUUAGUUCUUGCAAUUAAGUGUAAUUUUGAAAUGCAAAAAAAUUAUUCAAAUGAAUUAGCUAGCCAAAUUGACAGGUCUAUAUUCUUACAGAGCUUACAUGGCUUAGUCACUUGUAAGAAGAUUGGUGAACAAGAUGCAACAAAUUGCCUAUUAUGUGACAAUUAAGAAAGUGAAAAAUUAAAUAACAGUGGUGAUGACAA